AUGGAGGAUACUAUUAUCUUCAAUUUUAUCGAGAGAUCUCAUUUUCCUACAUGCCCAACAGUGUAUGAAGUGAACAAUAAAGAAUUAAACAUUCCAAAUUUCGAUGGUUCUUUUCUAGAUUGGGCUCAUGUCCAACUAGAGAUUGCACAUUCACAAUUAAGAAGAUUCGAAUCUCCAGAUGAGAAUCCAUUCUUUCCUGAUAAAUUAUUAAAACCAAUAUUACCAAGAUUGGAAUACCCUCCUGUAUUAGAUCCUGUUGCAAGUAAUAUCAAUUAUAACAGCAAAAUUAAAAAUAUAUACAUUGAACAUAUUAUUCCAUUGGUUUCCAAAUAUGUAGGUGACCAACCUGAAAAUUAUGGUUCUGUUGCUACAAGAGACAUUGAUUGUUUACAAAGUUUGAGCAGAAGAAUUCAUUUUGGUAAAUUCGUUGCUGAAGCUAAGUUCCAAUCAAAUAUUCCAUUAUAUACAGAAUUAAUUAAGAAUAAAGAUAUUGCAGGUAUUACCGAAAAUAUAACAAAUUCUGCUGUGGAAGAGAAAAUCUUGGAAAGAUUAACUAAAAAAGCUGAAGUAUACGGUGUCGAUCCAACCACAAAUUCUAAUGAAACUAAAAUAACACCUGAAUACUUGGUAAAAAUCUAUAAAGAGUUUGUUAUUCCCAUCACUAAAGAAGUUGAAAUAGAUUAUUUACUAAGAAGAUUAAAUUAA